AUGGAGACCACAUUAAGGGAAAAUUCAGAAUUGCCAAGAAGUGAUUCAACGACUUCAAACCAACUGUUUGUGGCUGAUAAUUUAGACUUGCCAGAUGAUACAUUUCGUAUGAAUUUAGAUUGUUUAAAUGAUAUCGGUGAAAAUGUUACAAUUGGGGAUAGGGAUUCUUCAAUUGAGACACCUGCGACACCUAUUUCGCUACCACAAAACAAAUCUUCCAUUACCGAACCUUCAAUUUCAAAUGAGUCACCGAUCGUUGACACGCCUAAAUGUCUAGAAGAAGUUAACCGCUGUAAACAAAUUAAUUUAUUUAAACAAUCACUCGCCGGAAGAGAAAACGAUGGAUUCGUAAAGCCAUCGCCAAUUGCUGAAGUUAUGUCACCAGCUAAAAUGUUACAAUUUGAAAUUGACAUCAGAAGUAGUGCUACUCCUACUAUGAAACGAGCUGCUAUUGACUUCAAUUUCUUUAACGAGAACACGUUCGAAGAAUAUUUUAAGGAUGACAAUGAAUCUAACGUAAAAGAAACAGGGGUAGUCUACAAAGAGACGCCUGUCAUAGUGAAGGCUAAUACUGUUCGACACGAAAUAGGAUACGGUAAGUUUAUUCGAAAGGUGAUUUAUAAAUACUGA